ACCGCGAGCAUGGCCGAAUCCGGGGCCGAGCUUCGAACCACGGGUGAAACAGUUCCAGCCGCGGGCUCACGUCGCAUUCGUUCGCCGACCGUUUCUUCUCGCGGUGAGUGCAAACCGGAGCGGGCAGCCGGACACGACGAUCGAUCGACAUACAAUCGCGGGCCUACGAUCCGAUUAUAUAUACCGAGUAUAAACGUCUCAGCGCCCGCAUCAGCAACGUCCCUCUGUCUCCGGCCCCUCCGAUCGCGGGUGAGUGUGACGCGCGUAUUACUGCGACUGCCGCUGACCCGGCGUAAACGUUUUGCAGGAAAGGUUUUUGAGGAAUCGUUUCCGCUUCGGCCACGAUGGAGCAGAGCAAGACGGAGGACGUGGCGGUGCCGGACCGUGUGGCCGAGACUUUCGCCGGCCGCAAGAUACUGGUGACAGGUGGCACGGGAUUUUUAGGGAAGGUCCUAAUCGAGAAAAUUCUGCGAUGCAUGCCGGACGUGGCGCACAUCUACAUGCUCGUCCGACCGAAGAAGGGCAAGGAACCCAAGCACCGGCUGGACGAAAUAUUCAAUUCCCCGCUGUUCGAGAAAGUCAAAACUCAAAGGGGAUUGCCGACGCUUGAAAAAAUGGUAACGGCCGUUAACGGGGAUGUGGCGUCGCCAGGGCUUGGAUUAUCGCCGGAAGACAAAAAGAUGCUUGUCGAAAACAUUAACAUCGUGUAUCACGGAGCGGCUACCGUCAGAUUCGAUGAACUAUUGAAGAAAGCGGUACUGUUAAAUACACGUGGCACGAAGCUCAUGUUAGAGCUGGCCAAAGAAAUGAAGCAGUUACUUCUGUUCGUUCAUAUCAGCACGGCCUACUGUCAUCUUCAAGAAAAGAUUUUGCGCGAGAGAACGUAUCCCCCGCCCGCGGAUCCUCAUCAAGUGAUCAAAUGCGUCGAAUGGAUGGACGAUGAUGUAGUCGAGGCGAUGACGGACAAGAUCUUGGGCCAAUUACCUAACACUUACGCUUUCACGAAAGCCUUAUCGGAGAAUCUCGUCGAAGAAGCUAUGCUGCAUAUCCCGGCAGUAAUUAUAAGGCCAAGCGUAAUUAUUCCUAUCUGGAAGGAGCCGCUGCCCGGUUGGACGGACAACAUCAACGGGCCCACCGGUCUCUUGAUCGGCGCCGGGAAGGGAGUGAUCAGAACGAUGUUCUGUAACGAGAACGGCUACGCCGAUUAUCUGCCCGUCGACAUCGCCGCCAACGGUCUUCUCCUCGCCACAUGGGACUUUUUAUACUUCAAGAACCACCAACGUGUUUUUAAUAUGACGAGUAGUACCGAGUUCAAGAUCACCUGGCGGGAAAUAAUAGAACGCGGCCGAAAGAUAACGGAAGAGAUACCUCUGAACGGAGUCGUCUGGUAUCCAGGUGGCAGUUUGAAGAACUCCCGACUUAUGCACAACAUCUGUCUAUUGCUCUUCCACAUGAUUCCGGCCUAUAUUAUCGAUGCGCUCCUCUUUCUGGCUGGGUAUAAACCGAUCAUGUGCCAUAUACAACGCCGUAUAAACAAAGGAUUUGAAAUGUUUGAAUAUUAUGCCAAUAAUCAAUGGGACUUUGAAAACACGUACGUCAAUGACCUAAGGGAAAAGAUUAACAGUACAGAGUACAAAAACUAUCAAUUGCACGGCGAGGAUAUGGAUAUAGAUGCGUACUUCUCGGAUUGCAUUCGAGCCGCCAGAGUUUAUAUCUUAAAAGAACUUCCAGAAACACUGCCCGCCGCUCGUCGACAUUUGAGAGUUAUGUAUUGGGUGGAUGUAUUGACAAAGAUACUUUUCUUCGUGUUCAUCAUAUAUCUGUUAGCAUCCUGGAGUGAAAGUUUUAGAACGUUGCUCACGACCGGUGUGACGUAUGUUACAAAAGGAUUGAUGGACAUAUUGUAACGUAAUCAAAUUAGGGAUUGUUCUCAAUCACGCAAAGCUUAUCUAAUUCGAUCGUUUUUUUUACAAAUUAUUUUUUUUUUCGAUCGCUCUACCAUUUAAUAUCUCAAGGACGCGAUGGGGAUUAAGUAUAUAUAGUACCUUUCGCGGUGCACACACCGCGGUGCGCACUAGAUACGGGUAAAAAAUGUGAAUAAAGGUGUUAUUUACACAA